GUGUUCCAAUGCCAAAACAAUACCACUUCCCAAUGACAGCGACCAAACAGCCCUCUUCCGAUCGGUUACUACCAUCCAUCAACUUUCUACAGCCUGUUGGCAUAUCUUAAAUGCCGGAAAUCUGGUUAUUCGUGUUUCCGCUGCUCAAUACCCUGCUCACCCAUAGAACCAACUGAUGGCGCCAUCGGCUUAUUACACUGGCUUCCGCUCAGGAGAUGGGCUUGCCCGACGAGCUGAAAGUGAUGAUUGUUCUGGAUGGGACUGCUUGGGCGAUGCCGCACAAUUCGGCAUCAUCCUUGUCAUUGUCGCCUUCGUACUGGUGAUGGCGUAUAUGUACUGGCGGCUCCAGAUCAAACCCAACCUUCAAGACGGCUGUGAUGACACUCUAACACCUGUCAAUGGUUAUUGGGAACUCACGAGAGGGGAUCCUAACAGAGUCUCGAUCACCAUUUAUCGGGAGCCAAGGCCACUGAGCGACCCAGAACCUGUCGAGACAGAUGUUCCAGCUCCGCGGCGCGUAAAGGGGACUGAUGGGCAGACUCAGCAACAAGAAAACAACACCCUCGAUCAAGUGCCCCAGCAACUUGGGAGGGCUCACACCCCAGACAUACAUCUGGUGCCCCCGCCACCUCCGCCGCCUCCUAUUGUUUGGUCAGGUCCCUCGCCCUUUGCGAUCCCCCCUCCGCCGAUGGUUGGACCUUCAGCCUUCUUACAACCGAGUCAUCCUCCGACAGCCUUACACUCGAACCCGCUUGCAUUCGGCAUGACUACAGUCCCAUGCCCGCCAGAUGCGCCGCCUCCCUAUUUUGGCUAUGCUGCUCCACCAAACCUUCAAGGCCAGCACCCUGGGCCAGGGGUAAUGCCUACGCCCCAGCCCGCUUGCGUGCCUCCGCCAGUCGCACCAUCGACCCCACGAAGAAGCAAAAGGGAGAAGGCACAAACCACUCCGGUUGCGGAACGCCAAAGCCAAUGGCGCCGUUGGUUUUCCCUGGGCAACACAUCUCCCAUCUCCGGCCAUGCGAGGACCCUGUCCGAUUCGUCUUCUCCGGCCGAGCAGUCCAGAUCACUCUCGCCUCCCCCAUCUCCAACCCCACCACCUAGGCGCAAUCGCAGAAGCAAUCACUCGACUCCCUCCAGAAGGCAACCGCAAUCCCCUCGACAGGACCGCCAAGCUCGCCCACACCCACAACCACCGCGACGAAAUUCCCAGACCACGGCACGGGACCAGCGCCAUAGCACCCCCCCAUCCCAAACCGAAUCUAACCUCAGCUCCAGCUACCUCAACACCAGCGUCGAGGCGGUCUUCGACACCGGGGCACACCACCCAGCACCGCAAACCCGCACCCGCGCCCGCGCAGCCUCCAACCCAGAGAACGGCCACCCCGACCCUAGCCGCACCCGCCUAGCACGCAUCCGGCCCUCCGACACCGUGCCAAUCGCCCACCUCCUCCACCAACAGCUCUCAGCCCGCCGGCGCCGGCGCCGCCACCGCCGCCACCAUCCGAGUCCCGACCUCCAGUUCCCGAGCCCCGAGCGCCAGCGGCCGCGCGUCUCGUUUACGCUGCCUGAAAAGGGUCGGAGUGAGGUUUCUGGAGCCUCGCUGACGGCAUUGCCGUCGUCGUCAUCGUCAUCGUCGGAGCAGAAUCCUGAGGCGCAAAGUGGUGGUGGGGACGGUGCUGGGCUGCGGCGCCGGGAUGGGACAAGGGAGGGCGGUCGGCAGCCGGGGCUAGCUGGGAGGGUUACGGGGACGUUUUAUCGGAUGCGCCGGGCUUUGCGGGGGGAUGAUUAAUUUGUGGGAUGGGGAGUUUGGCGGUUUAGUGAGGGGGGGAAAUGGGGUUAGGUGGCUGUUUUGGUGAAAAGGGGUAGUUGUGCUUGUCCUCCUGGUCCUGGCUGCCUGGCUCUCGCAUUGGCGCAGGGUUGCUCCUGGAUCGGCUGUUGACCACCAUGGGGUCAUUGGUAGCGAAUAGGUAAUUCGACAGAGUUAGUAGCUAUUGGAGUACCAUCUACCAGUGUUCUUGAGAUCUGAGUUGAGCUGUCACGGUACUUGGAGGAGCAAAUAUGACAUCAUUUAAAAAUGGGGUUUUGAGAGACCGUUCACUAUCGUGGGAUUAGUUCUAAAAAGAGCCCAUGUUAAAACGGACCGCUGUAACCGGAAACGGUAUUAUAAUCUGUGAAACAAGCAAAUAGACAAAGAUCGUAGGACGGACAACAAAGACUUUCUCCAAGUUGCUCUUGACCAGCUUGAUUGAUGGAGC